GGAGGAGGAGUGUAGUGUCUUGGCUGAAGGGUGGAGACUCAGCAGCAGUGAGGAGGGAGGCAGUGAGUAGAUAGAGAAAGGCACACAGACAGAGGAGUGUGUGUGGAUGUGAUCUGCUCUGCCUCGUUGACUGAGUGUAUGUGUGUGACGGAGGGAGAUCAGGAAAAGGGGCGAGCGCAUGGAUCCCACAGCACUGGAUGUGUGUGGCUUCACAAACAAAAGAUCCUCAUAAAGGGAGCGUAGUGCACAAGAGCUGCUGACUGAACUUCAGGCUGACACCAGGGCAGAGAGCGGGGGAUCAAGUAGACAAGCAGGCCGAGCGGACCCGGACCAACUCAGAGCGGCCAUGGCGAGCAACAACACGGCCAGCAUUGCACAGGCCAGGAAGCUGGUGGAGCAGCUGAAGAUGGAGGCCAACAUUGACAGGAUAAAGGUGUCUAAAGCAGCAGCAGACCUGAUGUCUUACUGCGAAGCCCAUGCCAAAGAGGACCCUCUGUUAUCACCAGUGCCAGCAUCAGAGAACCCGUUCAGGGAGAAGAAGUUCUUCUGUUCCAUCCUGUAAACUCAGCAGGGUUCCUUCAGCUGUGUGCUUCGGGUGGGACUUUGUACAUGGAUGUUCAAACUAUGUAGAAAUCUUCUAGUAGGAGGGUAUGGUCUUUUAUGCCCCGCCCACCGACACCCUGCUAUUGGUUCACUCACUCACUUACAGAGUGCCAAAAAAAUAAAUAAAUAAAUGAUCCAAACCACCGAGUUAACAUGUAACCAAUGAGAACUUUUUGAGGUAAUGUUGAAGGGAUAUGUGCUUUUAGAUGACACAACAGGGAUGAUGGUGAGGAUGAUUUUCACCCAGAGAUGUGAUGGGUGAUGGGACAACCAAUCAACCUACCCAGUUUUAAGGUUACCAUUUGUACAAAUUUACAGAAUAAAACAUAUUUUGUUGUUGUUGGGGUUUUUUUUUUUGGAGGGAAGGGGACUUUUGGUGUUCUAGUAAAUGGUUAAUGGGAGGGUGAAGUGCUGUAGAACAUCAACCAAAACACACCAACCUGAUUGUUUGUUUCACGUUUGCUCCAGAUUUACCAAGACAUCUUUUUCUAAUUGUACGUAUAAACUGCUUUCUUUUGCUUUUGCUGUCUUUUUUAAACCUGCAGUUUAGUGAACGCUUUUUAAUGUAUGAACAUCUAUCCAACAAAUGUGAUACUGUUUGUCUCCUUCAGACUAAAACCUUCUUUCUAUUCUUUGUACAAAGCGAAUAGCAAGUAAACUGUGCUGUGCUGUGAGUUCUGGA